AUUAAAUGGGAGGUGAAGGUGAAGGAGGAGAUGGGGCUUUGUUGGUGGAGAGCCUGCUGGGUUCUGUCCUCCUCACCAAGAAAACCCCAGUUUCUAGCAGGUGGGUGUUGGUGGAGAAGUGUAGUGGGAAAGCAAGUGUAUUGGAUAUGGACAAGUUUGCCAUUAUGCGCCGAGUUCAUAUCAACGCUAGAGACCUUAGAAUUCUAGAUCCUCUCUUAUCAUAUCCUUCUACCAUUCUAGGCAGAGACAAAGUCAUUGUCCUCAAUUUGGAGCACAUCAAAGCAAUUAUCACAGCACACGAGGUGUUGCUUAGAGAUCCAUUGGAUGAUAAUGUGAUCCCUAUUGUAGAGGAACUUCAAAGAAGGUUACCUUUAACAACAAGUGCAACUCCCAAAGUCCAUGGCCAAGAAGAAGAAGAGGAAGAAGAGCAACCCUCCUCUGCAACAACAACAGGGGUAAGAGAUGAAACCGAAACCAGUGAAGAAAAUGAAUUCCCAUUUGAGUUUUGGGCAUUAGAAGUUGCACUUGAAGGUAUUUGUAGCUUUCUUGAUGCUCGUACAAGAGAAUUAGAAGCAGAAGCUUAUCCAGCUUUAGACGAGCUCACCUCCAAGAUUAGCAGCAGAAAUUUGGAUAGAGUGCGUAGACUAAAAAGUUCAAUGACAAGAUUAACAAAUCGAGUCCAAAAGGUAAGGGAGGAACUAGAACAACUUCUUGAUGAUGAUGAUGAUAUGGCAGACCUUUACUUAUCAAGAAAGUUGUUUAUGAGUACAACAACAACAACAUCAUCUUAUUGUUCAGCAUCACCAGGAAGAAGUGGUCCUCUCAAUUGGUCUCCUACUACUACAAAUACAAAUACAAAUACAAAUAAUACAAUAGGCUCAAAGAUAUCAUCCAGAACAAGUACUAGUAUUCAACAGGAGAAUGAUGUUGAAGAGCUUGAAAUGCUGCUAGAGGCAUAUUUUAUGCAAAUUGAUGGGACACUAAACAAGUUGACAACGCUGCGUGAAUACAUUGAUGACACUGAAGAUUACAUAAAUAUUCAGCUUGACAAUCAUAGAAAUCAACUAAUUCAGCUGGAGCUGUUCCUUUGUUCUGGGACUGUUUGUUUGUCUGUAUAUUCUUUGGUGGCUGCCAUUUUUGGUAUGAACAUCCCUUAUACUUGGAAACAAGGUCAUGCCUAUGUCUUCAAAUGGGUGGUCAUCCUCACCGGAAUACUGUGUGCCUCUAUUCUUCUUUCAAUACUUUCAUAUGCUCGCCACAAAGGUCUUCUUGGAUCUUAAUUAAAUAUUAUUAUUAUUUAUAUUAUACCCCUUCUCUUCUCUUUAACUAAUUUAAUGCAAAUUUAAUUGUUUUCCUUUUACCAUCAUAAUAAAUACAUUUGUAUCAAUAUUUUUACAAAUUAUAUUCAUAUCAUCAUAUUUAUGUUUAUAUACAAGUUUGUAAAUGAUUGAUUUAUUUAUGGACGGGCAACUAAGUAUUUUGUAUUAUUUAUGUUGAAAUUUUAUAUGGAUGAGAAUUACUGAAAA